AUGUGGUCAGAUCCUGACGACAUCGAUAAUUGGGCUGUAAAUCCCAGCGGUGCGAGUUGGCUAUUCGGAGGUAACGUAACUCGAGAGUUCAACCACGUCAACUCAAUCUCACUCAGCUACAAAUACAUGUUCGACAACGCCCUAGUCACCAUAUGGUCCGCACCCAAUUAUUGCUAUCGACGUGGGAACAUGGCGUCGCUGUUAACGCUAAGAGAAGGUGUGGAACAUGAAUUCAAGGUAUUUGGUCUGGUUCCCUGGAAUGAGAGGGACAAGGGGAUGGGCAGGCCGAAUUCCGGAAUGCAAUAUUUUGUAUAG